GGAGGAGCACAAAAAGCACUCUGCGGGCUGCGCUUUUCUCUCCCUUCAGAAAGAUCCUACUAACCUGACGCUGCAGGAGUUCCUGAAGCUGGACAAAGAACGAAUUAAAAACGCAAUCGUACGUACGCGUCCGUGCCGUGGUGAUCUCAAAAAACAGAUUUCUCAGAAGGUGACCGAGGUUGAAGAUGCAGCCAAGAACGUACGCCACGAAAUAGAGAAUCUGGUCUCCUAG